AUGGAGGUGAAGAAGGACGGUGGAGGAGGGCCGUGGUCCUCUUCAGGAGCCUCCCCUGCCUCCUGCAGGGUCAUCCUCAUAGCCUUCCUCUUCUUCUUCCUCAUUAUCGGGGUCUUUGUAGGCCUGCUUAUUGCCUACCUGGUGCCGGAGCAGCAUCAUUUUAUGGAAACAGUGGAGCUGAAAGGUCUGAAGUAUAAUUCAGUUCUGCAGGAUGAGAACUCUGGUUUCUCCAUAGUACUGACCUCAGUUUUAAUGUCCAAGAUAAAAAAUACCUUCACUGCCUCGUCGAUAUCACACAAUUACGUUGAAUGCAGUAUUGUUGCCUAUGGUAACGUUGAUGGUGACGUGAUGGCAACGUUCCAACUGGUCUUCAUGGUGUCCAGGAUCCAGCAGUAUUCAGACAACUUUGUUCAGGACUUGCUGAGAGCAGGACUCGGCUCCGUAAUGCACGGGAAACCAAUGGCAGUGCCAGAAUUUGGGGAGAUCACCGCUAUCAUCUUACUGGGAGCCAGUGGGAAGUCAUUUUAUUCUAUUGGAGAUGAGUUGACAGCCAGGUGUCCUGACGACACCUUCACUUGUGACAACGGAGAAUGUGUCACAAAAUUGAAUCCAGAGUGUGACUUCAUCCGCGACUGUGCGGAUGGAUCUGAUGAAGCUCAUUGUGCCUGCGGUAUUCGUCCCUCCAUGGGGAGUCGGGUGGUGGGUGGCGAGGACGCUCAGCAAGGCGAGCUGCCGUGGCAGGUCAGUCUGAGGUUCUAUGGAAAACACACAUGUGGAGCCUCCAUCAUCAACAAACGCUGGCUGGUCAGCGCGGCACACUGCUUUGAGAGUAACAAUAACCCCAAAGACUGGACAGCCCUCAUAGGGGCCAGACUAGUGAGCGGGCUUGAGUCAGAGUCCAUAACAGUGAACAUCAAGUCGCUGGUUGUGUCUCCAGACUACAACCCUCAGACCACUGACAGCGAUGUCACUGUACUGGAGCUGGAGACCCCUCUCACCUUAAGCUCUUACAUCCAGCCUGUCUGUCUGCCCUCCCCGUCUCAUGUGUUUUCCCCCGGGCAGAGCUGCAUGGUCUCAGGGUGGGGUGCACUAAACCAGUUUAAAUUCCAGAGUCCCAACACUCUGCAGAAGGCUGUGGUGAAAAUCAUCGACUCCAAGGUGUGCAAUAAAUCAUCUGUCUACAGAGGAGCUGUUUCUCACAACAUGAUGUGUGCCGGAUUUCUACAGGGCAAGGUGGACUCGUGUCAGGGUGACUCCGGAGGGCCUCUGGUGUGCCAGGGGGCCCCAGGGAGGUUCUUCCUGGCCGGGGUGGUGAGUUGGGGUGUUGGCUGUGCCCAGAUCAACAGGCCUGGGGUUUAUUCCCGCGUCACCAGGCUCCGCAACUGGAUUUUAAGCUACGCAGAUCCCAGCCUGGUCCAUGAUUACAAUCAGUCUGUUCCCAGUGAGCCAGUGUCAGAAGAUAGCUUGUCCGAUCCGCCAGUGCCCAGGACAAUAGCCAUGGAUGUGGCAUCUGCACCAACACUGACUGUCUUGAACUGCAAUGGAAACUUCCAGUGUAGCGCCACCUCCUGCAUCAACAAGGUCAACCCAGAGUGUGAUGGCGUCCCCGAUUGCCCCAACCAGGCCGACGAAAGACACUGUGACUGUGGCAUGCGUCCUUUGUUGGGCUCCCGCAAGAUUGUGGGUGGAGUUACAGCUCGAAGGGGGGAGUGGCCUUGGAUUGGUAGUCUCCAGUUCCAGAGACUGCACCGUUGUGGCGCCACGCUCAUUCACAGCAAAUGGUUACUCACAGCGGCACACUGCCUCAAAGGUGACCCUAGCCCCACUAACUGGGCUGUGAGCCUUGGAUCUGUGCUGCGCUCUGGGGUGGGAGCCCUGGUCAUCCCCAUCCAGAGGGUCAUCAUCCACCCAGCCUUCAAUGGCUCCAACAUGGACCACGACGUGGCUCUGUUGGAGCUGGCAGUCCCAGCCCCCAUGUCCUUAACCAUCCAGUCUGUCUGUCUCCCCUCACCGGUGCACCGCUUCCCCAAGCAUACGGAGUGCUACAUCACAGGCUGGGGGUCCAUGAGGGAAGGAGGUUCGUUGACCAACCUGCUGCAGAAAGCUGCAGUGAACAUCAUUGACCAGCCAUCCUGCCAGCAGUCUUAUGAAAACUUGCUGACGCCUCACAUGAUGUGUGCUGGUUCCAUGGGGGGAGGGAGAGACACCUGUUUGGGAGACUCUGGAGGGCCGCUGACCUGCCGCAAGCCCUCUGGCCAGUGGUUUGUUGCUGGAGUGACCAGCUGGGGACAUGGAUGUGGGCGAAUAGGUUUUCCGGGGGUUUACACUCGUGUUACGUCUUUCAGGAAAUGGAUAUCUACAUACCUGCCUUUCUGAA